AUGGUCCGGUUCCGGUUCAGCAAGGGUUUGAACCGAGAACCGGACCCAAAAAAUGUCAAACUUCAUAUACAAUCCGGUUCAUCUUCUCGCGCCCUGAACGCGAUCCUACCGCUUGUUGCGUCUGGGCAGCCCUACGAAGCGCACCAGAAAACACGCACCUUCACUUCACGGUACAGCAAGUCUGGGCAGUACGACACUGCCAUCGACGUGCUCUUCCAGAGUGCGAGAGAACUCCUGAAAGUUAGCCAGCAUUGUCCUGCAGGUGACCAAGACCUGCAUCACUAUAUCGGAGAGCUCUUAUAUAAAGAUGGGGCUUUCGAUGCGGCAGAACCUCACUUCCUUGCGUCAGGAAAAAGGGAUAGCGCACGUUCACUAGCGAACAUGAUGAUAGAAUGGUCAGCAGCGGGCGGAGCUCUAGGGAACUUUGCCCUUCGAGGUACACUUCCAUAUCUACAAAAUGGCAACAUCGUUGGAGCUCGCACAUUCAUUUCGCAGUUCAUUGCACAAGUGAUUUCAUCUUGGCCAAAACUGAUUUCGCCACUGCAAUCAUCUCCAUUGCCUGUCACUCCUACGGGUGAAAUCACACAUAUGACUGAGCCUGUGCUCAACUUCUGUCAGCUUGCUGUCUUGACAUGUCAACAUGCAAAUGGGGAGAAGAAUAAAGUGAUGCGCGAGAGCUGGGUGAGGCUUUGUGGAACAUAUCAAUCUAAAGGUGGUGUCUUAGCGACCAGGGAGGUUCAGACGACACUACAGGAGAUAGCAACGUUGUACUUUGCAAUUCCUCCGCCACGCACUCAGCCUGAUAAUCCGUUGGGAGCUAUGAUUUCCUCUAUGCUGGGCGACUCGCUCACCCAUCCCUCGUUGACAAUCGGUUCGAACCUGUUCGGACCUGUUCGAACCAGGUUCAAGAAUUCUGCAAGUCCUCGAACCGUGGACUGGACCGACGGUUCGGUUCCCCCUAUUGCCCGAACUUUGAACCGGACUUCGGUCAGGUUCGAAACGGUUCGGGUUCGAACCGUGGUUCAGGACCGGACCUGGCCAUCACUACAACAGUGGAUCGGCGCAUCGGAUGCAAAGCAGGCUCGCGUUUUACAGGGUCAAAAGAUGGGAUAUUGGGUGGCACAGUGGUGGUAG